AUGGACAGCCGAAAUUUCGAUACAGAAAAAUUAAUAUUUGAAGUAGAAAAUCGUCUUGCCAUUUGGAAUUCUGCAAGUGAAGAGUAUGCAAAUCGUACUUAAAAAAGAAUAGUUGGGAGGAGUUUGUGGGCAUAUUCAGUACCCAUAAUGAAGGUAAUAUAAACGAAAAAAAGGAAAUAGGUGAGCAAUUAAUAUAAUAUAAUAUAAUAUAGGUAAUAUAAUUAUAUUGCAUAUAAUUUAAUGAUAUCUGAUAAUUUUAAUUAUAUAAUUUGUAAUAUCUAGCAUUUAAUUUAAAAAUGAUUAAAAUAAGUAUUUAAGUGAUAUAUUUAAUUUAGCAAUGUAAAAGUGACAUUAAAUUAUUAUUUAUAAAACUUAAAACUAAUAUUAAAAACAUUUUUGAAAUAUUAAAUUUUAUUGUAUUGCCAUUCAACUUGACCUUUAGUCAUAAAAUAAUUAGCAUAUUUGUCUCUGACAGUUAAAGCAGCAAGUUUGACGUUAAGUGGUCGGUGCAAUAUUCUCCAUUUGUUUGUCAUUAUUCCAAAUGUACAAUCAAUAAAGCUCUUGACAAUCGAUAAUUAAAAAUUCUCUUGUUCACUGUCAAAUUAUUUCCCCCAUAUGGACGCAUAAUAUUUUCUAAUAAACCAAAUGCUUCAUCUCCUUAAAUAACAUAUGGCAUUGGUUCUGGGUCUAUAGAUGAUAUUGGUUUUGGAUCAGGAACAUUUAAAGAAUUAUUCAUAAGCUUUUUAUAAAAUAACGAAUCUUUAAAAAUAGAUGAAUCACUACUUUUUUCAAAAGCACCGAUAUCUACAGAUAUAAAUAAAUAAUUAGAGUCACAGAUGGCAAGCAAUACAACAGUAAAAUAAUGUUUGUAAUUUUAAUAUAACGAUCCACUUUCUGUAGGUUUUAUUAAUCGUAUGUGCUUACCAUCAUGUAUGUGCCCCUAACAAAUUUGGAAAAUUUGCAUGUGUUUCAAAUCCAAUUGCUUUAUUAAGCCAAUUUUCUUUCGAUGGUUGUUUCAUACAUAUAUCUCUUAAUUUGUUCCAUAUAAGUUCACAAACUUGCUCAACAAAACCACUGAUAGUAGAGAUUCCAAGACGAUAUUCGUGAUGUAAUUCAGUAAAAGAGCAUCCACUGGCCAGGUAUCUGGUCUGGUAUAAGAAAAAUGAAAAACGAAAAAUAAAUAAAUACUUAUUUAAUUAAAAAUUAUUUGUAUUAAAAUCUAAUUUUUAAAAUAUUUAAAAUGUUUAUAAUUUGGUAACAUCUGCAAUUUUUUAGGAUUAAGUUUACAACGAAAAUGGAAAAGUUUGCGUGACUGUUUUUCAAGGGAAUUGAGCAGAGUAAAAAGACUAAAGUCGGGGUCUAAAAGUUCACGUAAGAAACCAUACGUUUAUUGUAACCAGUUAUUAUUUCUAGUACUAGUAGUUCAAAAUAAACCUACAGAAACAAAUUUAUAACUGGAUACUGAUGAAAAUGAAGAAACCGUAGUUGAAGGCCCUUUUACAAAUGAAACUAAUGAUGAAUUGCAGAACAAUGCAAUUAGUGGUCCAACAAAGAAAAAAAAGAAAACAAAUUUCAAUGCAUCCGGUUGAAAAAGAAAUUGUAGAAGCAUUACAUAGAAUUAUUCAACUUCGUCAAGAACAAAACCAACAAAUGGAAGAAGAUGAUGAUAGAAUGUUUUUGUUGUCUUUAUUAAAACCAUUAAAACAAAUACCAAAGAGCCUUUACGUUUUUCUGUUAGAAUGGAUUUAAUGAAUGUAAUUAAUCAGCCCAAGUUAAUUCACAGUCAGCUUCUUUAAUAUUUCAACCACAGCAUCAACCUCUACAACAUCAAAUAAUGCUACAAACUAAUGUCGAAACUAAUUUACAACGUUUACCUUGGACUAUGUAUCAACCACAUCAACAGAUACAACAUACCUAUAAUUCAGCCCCAAACAGAAAUUAUCCUAAAAAUUUUCAAAAUCAGACAAAUACUCAUAUAAGAUCAACAAUUUCCACACAACAACCCAAUGAUCAAGUCACAAAUACAAACUAUGUAAAAGUGCCACAAAAUCAAACAGAUGUUCAAAUUAGACCUACAACUUCCAUACAUAUCAACUCCUACACAAACACCUUCAAUCUCAAUCAACAGUAA